AUGGCCGGCGACGGGGCUGGUGGUUGGCUGUCUCUGUCCACCCUCCUUCUUUUCCGCACAAUCGCUGCAACUCGACUCCCCCAAGCCUGGCAUCCAAUAUCCAACACUGCCCACGGCGUGCCUGCCAAUGCACAGCCCGAUGCCGCUUCCAGCACGGCAGCCCGCCAUGCAUCUGCAUCCUCGACACUAGCCAGCCCCGCCCGAUAUCCAAUACACAUGGCCUGGUCGCGCAACCGUCGAUGCCCUGGUCCUGUUGCGCGUAUGGCAUUGCUGCUGCUGCUGCUGCUGCUGCCAUUCUUAUUCUACGUGCUGCCUGCGCGCGUGUUGCUUGUCCACGCUCCAAACCACUGCCGCCACUGCGAAACACUUGCAGGCACUCUGCACAUGGCGCCAUUGCACCACACGCCUGCUGCAAUCGGCGCAAGGCCCACUCUCGCGUCCCUACCCCGCCCCGACCGAAGCUUAUCUCAUCUUGCGUGCCCGGCGCCAGAGCCGCGUCAGCGACCUUUUCUUCUGCCGCCUCUUAGCCUCCUCCAAAUGACGAUGCCCUCCAUGUACGGUUACAUACACAUACACAUGGCCUCGUGCCCACCUCUUGCUUCUGCUUCCACCACCACACGCUCCCUUCCGCUGCCUUCCGCGCCCCGGCCCUCCGUGUCUUGCUCCUCCGCCCGCAUUGCCACACGCCCAACCGCUCCAGUCCGUGCUGCACAGUCGCAUCAUGUCUUCACGAACCGGUCCUGCCCCGGCCUUGGCAUCGCUUCUAGCUUGCUGCUAAUUAUGAACGGCCUCUAGUCUACCGCUCAACGCAAAUCCAAGCUGCUGACACGAGUCUGACACCUCCGCUG